AUGGCGAGCGGUGUAACGACCGUCAAGGAGGUGAUCUCCGGCGACACCUUCGUCCUCAUGGGCGCACCCAGAGGCGGCCCCCCCCCGGAGAAGCGCCUGUCGCUUUCCUCUGUGCAGGCACCGCGUGUGGCGAUGAAGUCGCUGAGUCACGAAGUGCAGGACGAGCCCUACGGCUGGACUGCACGCGAGUUCAUGCGGAACCGCCUGGUUGGGCAGCAAGUCGAGUUCAAAGUCGACUACGGGAUGAACAACCGCGAGUACGGGACGAUCGUGUUCAACGGAGAAAAUGUCUCGCACAGCCUCCUCAGGCAGGGCUUCGCCAAGCUCAAACCCAACCGCAACCCCCCCUGCGCUCCCGAUAUCGAAGAGCUCCAGCAGUGCCAAGACUACGCUGAGCAGCGCCAGCUCGGCGUGUGGGCAGCCGACCCCGCGGCAGGUACGUCGACGAUCCGCGAGAUGACGUGGGCGGUCAACGACAGCGCGUUCGUGAAGGGCUUCGUCGCCGAGAACAAAGGCAAGAAGCUCCCGGGCAUUGUCGAGUACGUGCGCGACGGUGGAUGCAUGCGCGUCGCCUUUCUCCUCCCGCAGAAGGCCGGGGAGCCCCUCAGGAUGGUCUACGUCCCCGUCCUCCUCUCCGGCCUCCAGGUCGACGGCUUCAAGCGCGAGCAGCAGGAAGGCACCACUGAGUUCAGAAUGGUCGCGGAGCCCUACGCAGCUGAAGCGCGUUUCUUCGUUGAGGUGCGACUGCUGAACCGCGACGUUGAGGUCCGCAUCGAAGGCUGCGACGAGUACGGCAACGUGCAUGGCACGGUCUACCAUCCCAAGGGGAACAUCAGCGUCUUGCUGCUCCAGAGUGGGCUCGCAAAGAUCCAAAACGGCACCGUCAGCCGCACCGAGUGCGCCACGCAGCUCCGUCAGGCACAGCAGGAGGCGCAGCAGAAGCAACUCCGCAAGUGGAAGGGCUGGUCGUCCUCGACGGCGGACGUCACGUCGAAGAACUACAUGGCGCAGGUUGCGGAAGUGCUGAGUGGCGACAGCAUCAUUCUCCGCCUCCCCGAUGGAAGCGAGCGCCGCGUGUAUCUCGCAAGCAUUCGAUGCCCGCGCGCGGCGGGCGCCAACCGCACUGCCUCCAAGGAGGAGGAGAGCAUCGCCUUCGAGACGAAGGAGUUCGUCCGCAGGAAGCUCAUUGGCAAGAACGUCAAGGUCACCGUUGAGUACCUGCGUGAGCCUCUGCCGAGCGCUUCUGGCGCAAUGCUGCCGCCGGCGAGCGAUGAGCAAGGCCGCAUGCACUUUGUCAGCUUGUGGAUCCCCAACAGCCCGAAAGACACCAACGCGGUGGAGACGAAGAACUGCCAAAACAUCGCGGAACUUCUUCUCCAAGCAGGUCUCGCGCGCACCAUUCCCCACCGCGCCGAUGACGAGAGAGCCGCCGAGUUUGACAAGUACAUGGAGCUGGAGCAGACGGCGAUCCAGCAGAAAAAGGGCAUGCAUGCGCCCCAGCAGCAGUGGAAAAUCCACCGCGUCAUCGACUUGUUGGGCCCGGCGAACGCGCCGCGCGCCAACUCGUACCUUCAGCAGCUCGAGCGCAUUCCGCGACUUGACGGUGUUGUUGAGCACGUCUUCGCGGCGGGCAGAUUCAAGAUUCGCAUUCCCUCGCAAAACAUCGCGAUUGCGUUUGUCUUGGGAGGCAUUCGCUGCCCGCAAACGGCGCCGCGUCCAGGCUCCUUCGCGGCGACGCAGCCGCGGACUGGACCCGGCGGAAAGACGCGCGAAGCAGAGCCUUUCGGCGAGGAGGCGUUGGCGUUUACACGCUCGCGGGUGCUGCAGCGCGACGUGCACAUCAAGGUGGACUCAGUGGACAAGGCAGGCAACUUCAUCGGCACGCUCUGGUACGCUCAGACCAAGCAGAAUCUCGCGGCGGAUCUUCUCGACCUCGGCUACGCGCACACAGUGGACUUCUCGCUCGCCCGCUGCCCCUUUAAGGAGAUUCUCACCGCGGCCGAGGAACGCGCGAAAGCAGCGCGCCUCAACAUCUGGAGCUUGCCGGGGGCCCUCGAGGCGGAGGAGAACGUCGCGAAGGAAGUCGACGUCGACGAGACGCUCCCCGAAGUCUCCGUCUCUCACGUCGAGGGUGUCGACUGCUUCUACAUUCAGGACCCGACGAGCGCGCAGAUGCACAACAUCCUCUCCACGCUGAGCGAGUACGGCGCAAACGGAGCCUCUCACGGCGUCGACGACACGUACACACCCGGUGGCCUGCCGAGAAAGGGUGAAAUCGUCAUUGGAAAGUACACCGCCGACAACAUGUGGUACCGCGCUCGCGUGGACGCCCGCGACAGCAGCGGCAAGGAGCCCCAUCUUGCGCUGACUUACAUCGACUUCGGCAACCGCGAAACUCUCCCUCUGCACGCUGUCCGCCGGUGCCCAGACUCGAUCUCGACGGCCAAAUAUCCUCCGCAGGCCAAACUCUGCUGUCUCUCAGGUCUCCUGCCCCCGCCCGAAAUGGAGUUUGAAGCGGCGGCGUACCUGGACGACUUGACGCAGGACCUCGUUUUCCAGUGCAAGAUCGAAAAGAUCGACAUGCAGAAAAAGAGGCACUGCGUCCUCACGCCCCAGGAGGACGUCGGCACCGGCAAGACAGGCAACACGGUAAACGAAAAGAUGCUGCGCAACGGUUUGGCGCGGUUGGACAAGAAGUCCAAGACCAAGUAUUUCCACCGCUUCCAGGUCGAGGAGGAAGCCGCACGUAAAGCCCACGUGAACGUCUGGCGCUAUGGCGACUGCGGAGAUGACGACAACGAGGAUUUCCCGAGCCUCAACACCAGAGGGUGA